GUUUCCUACGGUCGUGUUGCUACGGCCAGGGGGCGUAGUCUCUCCGAGAGGAGCUGCUGCUGCUCCACUUUGGCUCUCCCCGCGACAUCAACUGACUCUACCCGGGACAGACCGAAGAAGAUGGCGGCCACGGACCGUUCCCGGUCUGAAGCUGCAAAGCAGCGACGGCAGGAUCAGUUACAGCGAUGGCUGGGCUCGGAAACCGAUCAGACGGGCCCGGGGACGCGGGACGGGUCGACGGGAACCGGGACGCGGCGGGCCCGGGUUCGGUUCGCUCAGGGAGCCGUGUUUAUGGCAGCCUGUUCGGCCGGGGACAGAGAGGAGGUAGCGGCGCUCCUACGACAGGGCGCUGACAUCAACCACGCCAAUAUAGACGGACUGACAGCGCUUCACCAGGCGUGUAUAGAUGAGAAUGCAGAGAUGGUCCAGUUCCUGGUGGAGAGUGGGAGUGAUGUGAACCGGGGGGACAACGAGGGGUGGACUCCCCUCCACGCUGCUGCCUCCUGUGGGUUCAUACAGAUCACCAAGUACCUGAUAGAGCACGGUGCACAUGUGGGGGCGGUGAACAGUGAAGGAGAGCUUCCUCUGGAUGUGGUCACUGAGGAUGCUAUGGAGAGACUGCUGAAGGGGGAGAUCAAGAAACAAGGGGUGGACGUGGACAUGGCACGUCGGGAAGAGGAGCGGGUGAUGCUGGCGGAUGCCAACGCGGUGCUGGCAGGAAGUGGCGUGCUGACACCUCAUCCUAACACCAAGGCCACAGCGCUGCACGUGGCCGCUGCCAAGGGCUACAUAGAGGUCAUGAAGGUCCUGCUCCAGUGUGGUCUGGAUUUGGACAGUGGUGAUGUGGAUGGCUGGACAGCCCUGCACGCUGCUGCUCACUGGGGACAGCAGGAGGUGUGUUCUCUGCUGGCUGACAACAUGUGUGAGAUGGCUGCUCUCAACAACGUGGGACAGACCCCUCUAGAGGUAGCAGAUGACACCCUAGUGGACACUCUGGAGGAGCUGACAAAGAAACAAAAUUCUCUGCGUACAGAAAAAGCCAAGCUGUCCCAGCCUCCUGUCAUCGAGACCAGCCCUCCUAUCAAUAUGGCAUCGGUUCGACCACGCAAGACCUCAAUCUCUCGUAUGAGCAGCCGGGAGAAGAUCUGCCUCCACGAGAGAGAGAAGCACCCUCCCCCUGCCCUGACCAGCAGCCCUGCUGAGGAUGAGGAUGAGGAGGGGGUACAGACUCAGCAUGGGACACAGGGACAGGCCCAAGCCUCCAGCAGCUCCAGUUCAGAAGAAGAGGAGGACGAGUCUGAGAGCGAUGCAGAAUCAGAGAAAGCCAAAAACAGAGAGAUCAUCAACAACUUGAACAACAAACGCAACAGCUCCUCCCCCCACGCUACCUCCAUGGCAACCAGCACUUCAGGAAACACGGUUAAAAAGCAGGACCCAGGGAAGCCCCCAGCCCCAGAGGCAGCACCUAGCUCAGCCCCUGGUGCGGCCCCUGGCUCCUGGAGGACCUCUCUUCGUAAAGCAGGCAGCUCCGUGACCCUGGGGCCUUCAGGUACCACCGACCCAAGUCAGGAGUCCACCCGCGGGGCGCCUGAGUUGAGCCUGGGUAUGAUCCGCUCUGCCUCCAGCCCACGCCUCAGCUCUGACACCAGUACAGACACCAAGGAACCCAGGACUGCCAGAGUGAACCCCAGUCCAACCAGACGUCUCUUCAGUAUACCAGACAGCAACCCAGACAGCACUAGCAGCUGGCUGAGUCGUAGCGCCUCUUACACCCGCCGCCUCAAUAGCACAGGAUGUGAUCUCAGUAGCUCCACCCCCUCCUUGCCUCUCAGCUCAUCCUGUGGACGCAGACUGGAUGACCCCACAGUGACCUCAACAACAGGAACUGGAAGUAGCUUCUCUGCUGGACUCAGUCGUCUCAACAUCCUAGUGGCCCAGAGACUGGCUCAGGAGCAGGCAGAGAAGAAGAAGGAGCAGUGUUCUGUCACCUCCAACUCUGUCACCACGACGACCGGCGGUGACUUGGAGACAAAGCAGAGGCGCAAAUCCUACUUGACCCCGGUUCGUGAUGAGGAGGCGGAGGCUCAGAGGAAGGCUCGAUCCAGACACGCCAGACAGUCACGACGAUCCACUCAAGGCGUGACGCUCACAGACCUGCAGGAAGCUGACAAGACAAUGAAGACAGCCCAGACGGACGAAGGGAGGGAGAAGACAAGGAAAGAGGAGGAGGAGGAGGCGGCCAAUAAGAAGAGAGCAGAAGAGGGGGAGGUAAGCUGGAGGUCCCGUAUCGCCAACCUGCAGAAGUCUGACCUGCUGGGGCUGACUCAACCGGAUGGUACCUCUCGCCCCCCGACCUCUAGCCAGGAGACUAGUGGAGGGGAACGUGAGAGGUCCCGUAUCGCCAACCUGCAGAAGUCUGACCUGCUGGGGCUGACUCAACCGGAUGGUACCUCUCGCCCCCCGACCUCUAGCCAGGAGACUAGUGGAGGGGAACGUGAGAGCGACCGUAUCGCCAGGGAGAGACGGAGGACCAGGAGGAGAGCUCAGAGGGCUGGAGAGACUGAUGACAAUGAGCCCAGUGGAGAGGAGGGGUUUGGAGGCAGUGGGCGCGCCAGCACCAGGUCUGACGUGUCAUGUAACGACUGUAUCGACAGAGGAGGAGGCUCUGAGACCAACGAUUACAAGAAGCUGUUUGAGGUGGUGUCCAGGGAGAAUGGGCAACUCCAGUCUCAGCUGCAGGACACCCAGAGGACCGUCUCUCAGACUAGACUGGACCUGGACAAGGCUACCCAGAGACAGGAGCGCUUUAGUGAUUGUUCAGCAAUGCUAGAGAUGGAGAAGAAGGAGCGUCGGAUGUUGGAGCGGCGUGUGGCUGAGCUGGAGGCAGAGUUGAAGGUGCUCGGUGACCUGAGAGCUGACAACCAGAGGCUGAAAGACGAGAACGGAGCGCUGAUCAGAGUCAUCAGUAAACUCUCCAAAUAGACGGAGAGAACGAGAUACAACAGGGAUGCCCCCUUGCUUCCUCCCCAUCAUCUCUCCCUCCUGUCCAUCCACUCCUCCCAGUGCCAAAGAACAAGAGGGAGAGAGAGGUGGCGGGGGGGGGGAAACAGAUGAAGAGCAGCAGGAGAAUGUGGUAAUCUAAACAGCUUGAUGUGAUUGAUUAUGACGUCUCUUAUUCCUUAGUCCUCCUGACCGGUCGCCGUGGUUUGUCGUGUGUGUGUGUGUGCCUUAUGCCCACUUUGAGGACAGCCAUGACAACUGUGGUCAUGACAACAACUCGCAUAGUAGCAACGAGACGUGACAACAGCCAAAUGCCCAUGACAAUGUGCACCAGGGGGAAAAACACCAAUAUGCACACAGACAUGUAUACUUCACACACACGACACACCCCUCCAUGCACAUUGGACCGGUCCAAGGCAUCUUGUUCCCUUUACAUCGACUCCAUCCAUAACAUGGAUCUAUACCAUAGACCAUACCCUGGAUCCAUACCAUAGACCAUACCAUAGACCAUACCCUGGAUCCAUACCAUAGACCAUACCAUGGAUCCAUACCAUAGACCAUACCCUGGAUCCAUUCCAUAGACCAUACCCUGGAUCUAUACCAUAGACCAUACCCUGGAUCUAUACCAUAGACCAUACCCUGGAUCCAUACCCUGGAUCUAUACCAUAGACCAUACCCUGGAUCCAUACCAUAGACCAUACCCUGGAUCCAUACCAUAGACCAUACCCUGGAUCUACACCCUGGAUCUAUACCAUAGACCAUACCCUGGAUCUACACCCUGGAUCUAUACCAUAGACCAUACCCUGGAUCUAUACCAUAGACCAUACCCUGGAUCUAUUCCAUAGACUAUGCCCUGGAUCAAUACCAUAGACCAUACCCUGGAUCCAUACCAUAGACCACACCCUGGAUCCAUACCAUAGACCAUACCCUGGAUCUAUACCCUAGACCAUACCCUGGAUCCAUUCCAUAGACUAUACCCUGGAUCAAUACCAUAGACCAUACCCUGGAUCCAUACCCUGGAUCCAUUCCAUAGACUAUACCCUGGAUCAAUACCAUAGACCAUACCCUGGAUCCAUACCAUAGACCAUACCCUGGAUCCAUACCAUAGACCAUACCCUGGAUCUACACCCUGGAUCUAUACCAUAGACCAUACCCUGGAUCUAUACCAUAGACCAUACCCUGGAUCUAUACCAUAGACCAUACCCUGGAUCCAUUCCAUAGACCAUACCCUGGAUCCAUUCCAUAGACCAUACCCUGGAUCCAUUCCAUAGACCAUACCCUGGAUCCAUUCCAUAGACCAUACCCUGGAUCUACACCCUGGAUCCAUACCUCUUAAUCUGUCUUUCAUCAAUGUGUUUUGAACGCACCCUUCCUCCUCCUCACACACUACUAAAGUCCACAUCCCAAAUAGCACCCUAUCCAAUAUGUAGUGGAUUACUUUAGGGCUCUAGUCAAAAGUAGUGCACUAAAUAGGGAAUAGGGUGCCUUUUGAGGACGUUUCCAGACCACAGACACACUCCAUGCUCCUUUAAAUGACCACAGACAGAGCAGUCUGUUGACCACUGCACUUUACUUACAAUCAGGCAGGCAAAGCUAAGCGAUCACAGAUCAGUGCAGCACCAGGCAAAGCUAAGCGAUCACAGAUCAGUGCAGAACCAGGCAAAGCUAAGCGAUCACAGAUAAGUGAGGCUUCGCCGCCAUCCUGAGUCAUACUAUACAAAACAGCUCGUCUCCUACACGAAUCUGCAUCCCAAUAAUCUCUCCUAUCUCCUGACGUGUGCACUCCGUCACAAAUGUAAAAGUAUUGGAUAGGUGCAGGCUUCAAGGGGGUUUCACCAUGUUCUUUGUACCGGGAUGCCUAGGACACCCUCCUCAGGUUUCUAUUGGCUAGGAAGGAGGGGGGGGGGGGGGGCUAGUUUACCACCUCAGACCUGAUGAUAGAGACUUGCUGUUCUGGAUAAGCCUAUAUGUUAUGCAUUGUUUUUCAUCAUUAUUAUUAUCAUGAUAAAAUAUUAUUUUCAUAUUUUUUACAUUUAUCUGAUGUCAAUCUCUCCCGCUUUGAAAGGGAGGCAAAUUGUUGGUUAUCUAUAUGAUAUUACACAUGUAUAAAUAAAUAAUAUUAGUCAUGAAUGAAUAAUAACAACCUUCAGAAGUUAAUUCAUGUGUCCCCCCCCAUGUUGGUCUAAUAUAUUAAAUGAUGACGGAACCUAAUAAACAAGGUGUGUGUGUGUGUCUGCA